UUGCUGCCCCAGUGAAGAGUAGAAAACGGACUGUCGCUGGAGAGCAAAGAAGAAGAGAGGGGUGAAAAAAGCAGUGAAAUGGUAUAAAAGCUGAGCAAGUCCACACCGAGACAGGGGACAAACGAGGAGGGACGACGCAGGAGGAUUAUUGUUCUUUAUCUAAUUAUUACCAAAGUCAGAAAACUCCCGCUUUUUGAUGCUGUCCUCACGGAGGUUUGAGCCAAUAACGGAUUUAUUGGUCGGCUGAACCAUGCAGAGGCUGCUGCUCCUGAGUUUGGUGUUGAGUUUUCAAACUGUGUGGACGGCGAGGUUCUCUCAGGAGCCGGCAGACCAGUCGGUGGUGCGGGGCCAGAGGGUGAUCCUGUCCUGUGUUGUCUUCAACUACUCAGGCAUUGUUCAGUGGACCAAAGAUGGCUUGGCUCUGGGUAUCGGAGAAGACCUCCGGGCUUGGCCCAGGUACCGCGUGCUGCGAGUGCAGGAGCUGGGCCAGUACAACCUGGAGAUCCUGUCAGCUGACCUGUCUGAUGACUCGCUGUACGAGUGUCAGGCCCCUGAUGCUGCCCUGAGGUCCAGGAGGGCCAAACUCACCGUCCUCAUCCCCCCAGAUAACCCGGUGAUCGAUGGGGGUCCAGAGGUGUUGCUGAAUGCGGGGGAGUCCUACAACCUGAGCUGUGUGUCUCGAGGGGCCAAACCGCCUUCUAUGAUCGAGUGGCUUAAAGAUGGGCUGCCUGUAGAGGGGGCUGCCAGCACCACUGAGGUGCUUCCAGACAGGAAGAGGGUGACCACACGUAGCUACCUGCCCAUCCAGCCUGUGGACACUGACACUGGGAGGAACUACAGCUGCGUGGCCACCAACCUGGCUGUUCCCACCGGCAAAAUCACAACCGUGUCCCUCAACGUACACCAUCCACCGUCAGUGACCUUGUCCAUCGAGCCUCGCUCUGUCCUGGAGGGGGACAGAGUCACCUUCACCUGCCAGGCCCACGCCAACCCUCCUAUUAUGGGCUACAGUUGGGCUAAGGGGGGCGUGUUGCUACAGGGUGCCAGGGAGAGUGUGUUGACCACCAAGGCGGACCACUCCUUCUUCACAGAGCCCGUCUCCUGUCUGGUCUUCAACGCUGUGGGGAAGACCAACGUUAGCAUCCUGGUGGACGUUCACUUCGGUCCAAUUCUGCUGGUGGAGCCGCAGCCAAAAACAGUGGAUGUUGACUCUGAUGUCUCCCUCAACUGCAAAUGGGCUGGAAACCCUCCGCUCACACUCACCUGGUUCAAAAAGGGAUCAAACAUGGUUCUGAGUAACAGCAACCAGCUGUUUCUGAAGUCUGUGAGCCAAGCGGAUGCCGGCCAGUACGUAUGUAAGGCCAUCGUCCCACGGAUUGGAGUAGGAGAGACUGAGGUCACGCUCACUGUCAACGGCCCCCCCAUCAUCUCCAGUGAGUCAGUCCAGUAUGCAGUGAAAGGGGAGAGAGGAGAGGUGAAAUGCUACAUAGCCAGUACACCUCCGCCAGAUAAGAUUGUGUGGGCGUGGAAGGAGAACGUGUGGGAGAAGGAGAAGGGAACGCUGCUGGAGAGGUACACAGUGGAGCAGAGCAAGUCCUCGGCCGAGGGAGGGGGCGUCCUCUCCACCCUCACCAUCAACAACGUGAUGGAGUCCGACUUCCUGUCCACCUACAACUGCACCGCCUGGAACUCCUUCGGCCCCGGCACCAUGAUCAUCUCACUGGAGGAGACCGAGGAAGUCCCAGUGGGGAUAAUAGCCGGUGGGACGGUGGGCUCCACCAUCCUCCUCUUCAUCUUUCUGCUGGUCCUCGUUCUGAUCUUCUACCGGCAACGCAAAGGCAGUCGCCGCGGGGUCACGCUGGGUAAGCCCGACAUCAAGGUGGAGACGAUCAACAAGGAGACCCACAGCCUGGAGGAGGACUCCGGCAGCGUGUCCACGGCUUCGCGCAUGGUCAAGGCCAUGUACUCGUUUCUCCCCUCUGUGUCCUUCUCUCCUUCCAAUCAGCCCUUUAAAGAUGACAUAGAGCUCAAGUCUGACCUCCGCAGCGACACCCUGGAAACCCGCCAGGAAUAUGACCUUAAGGACCCCACCAAUGGCUACUACAACGUGCGGGCCUCCACCCACGAUGAAGGCCGCCCUGCCUCGCGCUCCACCCUGCACUAUUCUGACUACCGCUCCCCCACAGGGACCCCAGGGGGUGCCGCCUCCAUCAGCAGCAGUGCAGGAGGCUCAGGAGCCACGGCCAGCGGAGGGGGCCCCGGUCCCCCCGGCCCCCUCACCUCCCCUGGCCGCCCACAGGCUUGCUAUGACCCCAGACCCCCCUCUAGACUCUCACACAUCAGCUACGCCCAGUUCAACACCUUCACCCGCGCGGGCCAGAUUCAGCAGCCCCAGCCGAACCCCCCCCCCAUGGCCAGCGACUUCCCGGGAGAAUGCAGCCUCCUGGACUCCACCUCCCAGCUGGCCUACGACAACUACGGAUACCCGUCGCAUUACCAGACCUACCGCAUGGGUUUCGCCCCGUCCAGCCUGGCCCCUCUGGAGGCCUGCCCCUCCUACGAGAUGUACGGGGUGGGGGCCGGGGUGGGACCUGGGGUGGGACCCGGGGUGGGACCCGGGGUGGGACCUGGGGUGGGACCUGGGGUUGGCAGCCCUGUUGUGGGCGUGGGUCCCCCGGGCCCUGCCCCCUCGGGAUCAGAGCCUGGACUCGGAAAGUACGGCAGCUCCACCCGCUUCUCCUACACCUCCCAACAAUCUGACUACUCCCACAGCCGGCACACACAGAGGAUGCAGACUCACGUGUGAGACAGAGAACACCCUCACGGUCUGAGCAGAGCAUGAGGACGCAUCUUAUAAAUAGUGUCACACCUAAAAAACACGACAGACAAUCAUAGAUUUACACGCACACAUUUCACACAGAAACUGAAAAACAUCACACACACCCACAUGCACAGUCAGGAGACUGUGCCCAUGAGACAGGGAGAGACGGGGAGAAAAAAAGACGAGUGGGAAAGUAGUUUAGUGAGACAGGGAAGGGAAAUUCCACACAAUUUUGAAUUCCCUCUCUCCCAAUGUGUUUGUAUAUCUGAGCUCUGAAAGAGCGGACGGCGCAAGUCACAAUCAAGACUGAGAAAGAGAGCAAGAACCAGAGAGAGGACGAGAGAUCACAGAUCUAUGGAGCCCUAUAGCUUUUGCUCUGAACUGACUUUGUAAAUGAUGAGAGAGAACGUCUUUAGGCUAAACGGACUGUCAAAUAUGGAACACGCUGAUUGGGUAAAACCUCAACCAGUGGAAGUUAUUUCUGGCCUCCAUUUUUUAUUUUGUUUUGCUGGUUGUCUUAUUCAGUGAUCAUAGAGCACAUACAGUAUAAAUAUAGUAUCCCAGAAUGCCCUUUUGUACAGUGGUACAUGCCAUUAUGCCCGUUAGGCGGCAUGUGUUGGGGCUGGGGGGGGGGGGGGUUGGGAGGGUUGUCAUCAUUUUGCACUGCAUCUACAGUAUUCAUGCUUAGACGUCCCUUAUCUAUAUCUGUGUAAUGUCUUCUUUUUAUUUGCACACCAGACUAGAGCUUUGUAUUCUAUUUUUUAACAUUACAGAAUUAUUUUUGUCAAUGUAAAACAUGUAUUGUGUAUGUACGGACCAAAAGUUUUGAGCGUGAGCCCACUUAAAGAAAACGGGCCGGUGAUUCCACUGAGACAGGAAGAAGAGUUGUGUCAACAGCGGAGCCUGAAUUCAGGACGUGUUUCACAUCAGAAGGGUGUAUCAGUGUAUAAAGGAAACCCUAGUGCCAAGUGUUCAUGUUGUUAUUCACCUUAAACCAUGUAUAUGCAGUAGAAGCUCCUUCUAUUGGUGACUGUUGCUUUAUAAACCAGGCUCGGGGCCUUGAGUCAUUCUCAGACAUUUUCGUAGGCUGGAGCCUUUUUCCUCUGAGCUCCUCACUACAAGCUCGGUGCAGACAGAGAGAAAAACACAGAUGUUGGGUUUAGAACUGAGUGGCCUUAUAGGGGAACAUGUCGUACAUUUCCAUUUUAAUCAUUCCUCAUCGUCUGUCUGCCAAAAAAACGGCCGGAGGAGAAUGUGUAAGGAGAGGUUCAAUGAAGGCUUGUCCACAAUAUUGACAUGUAGUAGAGUAUGACUGUGAGCAGGGUUGGAGUUAUGUGGGAGCCAAUGGGAGCUGAGCUCCCUUAAGGAGGGUCUGAGCUCCCACGGACGCAGUGAAAUCAUACAUCUGUGGGAGUCGCUAAUACAUUACCAACAACCAUUAUUUUAAGUUUGUAGCAAGUAGAGGGCUGCUGCUGCGCGUGUGCGCACGCGUUAGUUUUAAAGACCCCCAUAGAGCUCAGUUUAUAACUCGAACCCUGACUGUGAGUGUGUGUGGGUGUGUGUGUGUGAGAGAGAGAUCAAGAGGGAGUGUUUGGGCACUGGCAAGCACAUCGAUUUGUACAGUGUGUUUGUAUAGAUGUGUGAAUGACGGCGUGUGUAUGGGAAGCAUACUGUAAACACGCAGCACACGACUCCAGUGCUAUUGUAUGCAUGUCCGUGUGUAUACAGUAUGUGUGUGUGUGUGUGUGUGUGUGUGUGUGUGUGUGUGUGUGUGUGUGUGUGUGUGUGUGUGUGUGUGUGUGUGUGUGUGUGUGUGUGUGUGUGUGUGUGUGUGUGUGUGUGUGUGUGUGCUUCAGUAUAUGUCCAUAUCAUUUCUCUCACAAUCCUGUCACAGUACUUUUAUACCUCUGGUAGGACUGUAUCCUGUAUUAUUGUGUCUUUGAAUUUAGAAAAUCCAAUGUUUAUCUUAUUGUACUGUUCUUCGUAGCAGAGACAACUGUUCAAAAGAUGUACAACGAACGUUAUCAAACUCUCAUUUUUUAAUUUCAUUAUCUUCAAUAUUUUUUAAAAAUGGUAUGUAAUUAUUUUUCCACAGUAUUACAUAAAUAAAAGCACUGUUUUUUAUAAUAAAG